CAUUUUUCAGGGGUUUUCAUUCCAGAUUCAAGUGUUUCAACAGCAAGAACAAAAAAAAAAAAAAAAAAAAAGAAAUCAGAGAUAUCAUUAUGCACAAAAGGAAAUUUGAUUAUGAAUGAACAAAUACAGUAAAUUAUGGUGAUAGCAUCAAUACACAGUGGACCCUCGGACUUGGAACACCUCAGAUUUGGAACAAUUCAUACAUGGAACAAAAAUUUCAAUAAUUUUUACUCAGUGACGGAACAAAUUUUUGGACGUGGAACAAUCUGCCAAAUCUGGUUAAGGAUGGCAGCGUUGUUGGGAGAUGAUGUACGUGUCAAGUUUAAAAACAUAAAAAAUUACUUCCUCCAACAACAAAAAAAAUACCAGAAGACUCCAAGAGGACCUUUUUCACCCAAGAGCAAGUGGCAUCUCUACGACAUUGCCUCGUUUUUAAGUGACUCUGCGCCUGACACUGAAACCAAAUUAUCCUGGGAAAUGAUGGAGCAAUGCACCAACGAGCUCAAUUCAUCAAAACACACCACAGACCCGUCGACCAGGCAAAGUAAAAAAAAAAAAUUAGAAGAAAAGGAGGAGGAGGUUCUGAAGAAUGUGAACAGUUAUUUUAAAGCAAAGUUAGAAAGAAAAAGUAAUAAUAAUUAUGAUUAUGCAGAAUCUGCUGGCAAUCUUGUGACAGUUACUCUCAAACAGUUACCCUUUGUCGAGCAGUGUAAAUUAAUGAAAAAAGUCCAAGAUGUACUUAGUGAAGUCUGCAGUGAACAUCUUUCAUCAGUACAAUAAAGCCAUGUUUUGUUAUGACACUUUCCACUUCCCUCUGUGUCUUGGAUAUCAUUUUGGUACAGUAAUGAAGAAGGUCCAACCUUUAGUUACUGAAGCCAGUUAUAAACACUCAGUAAAAAUACCUCCAUUGUUAAUAGACUCCUUCUUGUAUAAUUUCUUUUUUCUUAGUAAUAUAUAAGAUAAGUAGGUAGUAAGUAUGAAUAAGUAAUAAUAUAAGAUUUCAUGUCUGAUUACCAAAAAAAUUGCAUACCUAAAAAAUUCAUGUUUUAUCUUCCCCAAACUUCUUAAAAAGAAAAAAAGUAAAGAAGAAUAUCAUGUUUUAUUUUGCUAAAACUUUCUUUAAUGAAUUGAACAAAUGGUUUGAUAAUAAGUAAUGCUUUAAAUCUUUCCUUUCAUUUGGCUGGAAAUUAUUAGUUAAACUACUCAACUACUCUAAGUAUAAAAAUAUGUCCAUUAUUAUCACAGUUCUUGUUUAACUUCUUUUUUGUUAGUAAUAUAUAAGAUCUAAAAGAUUUCAUGUCUGAUCACCAAAAGAAAAAAAAAAGUACAUAAAAAAACAAUAACAGAUUUUCAUAUUUUAUUGUCUUCAAAUUUGUUUCAAGAAAAGAAAAAGAGAGAAAAAAAAAAGAA